AUGAGGCAGGCCGCCACGUUCCGGCAGGCGGGCAGCCUCGUGCCGAACGCGCAGCGCCGGCAAGUGUGCGCUCGGUCAGCUCGCUCGAUCAGGGAUGCGGCCAUUAAGCGAGAGCACGCCUCCGAGGACUUCAACGCCAAGUUCGUCCCGUUCGACGCGGUGCGCGCCGGCAAUGGCCACGCGGCCACCGAGCAGUACUCGCUCGACGAGGUCGUGUACCGCAGCAAGGACGGCGGGCUCCUGGACGUCUACCACGACAUGGAGGCGCUCGCGAAGUACGACGCCAAGUACUGGAAGAGCCUCUUCGACUCGCGCGUCGGCACCACCAACUGGCCCUACGGGUCGGGCGUGUGGAGCAAGAAGGAGUGGGUGCUCCCGAACAUCUCCAGCGAGGACAUCGUGUCGAUGUUCGAGGGCAAUAGCAACCUGUUCUGGGCCGAGCGCUUCGGCUCCGAGCUCGGAAUGGCUGACUUGUGGGUGAAGCAGUGCGGAAACAGCCACACCGGGUCCUUCAAGGACCUCGGCAUGACCGCGCUCGUGUCCCAGGUCAACCGCGUGCGCAAGGCCGACCCCUCGAAGGUCACCGCCGUCGGCUGCGCCUCCACCGGCGACACCUCCGCCGCACUCUCGGCCUACUGCGCCGCCGCGGGCAUCCCGUCGAUCGUGUUCCUCCCCGCCGACAAGAUCUCGAUCGCGCAGCUCGUGCAGCCGAUCGCGAACGGCUCGCUCGUGCUCUCGAUCGACACCGACUUCGAUGGUUGUAUGAAGCUCAUCAAAGAGGUUACGUCCGAGUUCCCGAUUUACCUGGCGAACUCGAUGAACUCGCUCCGGCUCGAGGGGCAGAAGACCGCCGCGCUCGAGAUCCUCCAGCAGUUCGACUGGGAGGUCCCGGACUGGGUCAUCAUCCCCGGCGGCAACCUCGGCAACGUGUACGCGUUUUACAAGGGCUUCAAAAUGGCAAUGGAGCUGGGGCUGGUGGACCGGCUGCCGCGGAUGGUGGUCGCGCAGGCGCACAACGCGAACCCGCUGUACCAGGCGUACAAGAAGGGCUACGACAACUUUGAGCCGAUGAAGGCGGAGACGACGUUUGCGUCCGCGAUUCAGAUCGGGGACCCGGUGUCGAUCGACCGGGCGAUUCUGGCGCUGCGGGAGACGGACGGGAUCGUGGAGGAGGCGACGGAGGAGGAGCUGAUGGACGCGGCGGCGCGCGCGGACCUGACGGGGAUGUUCAAUUGUCCGCACACAGGCGUGGCGCUGGCGGCGCUGAUCAAGCUGCGGGAGCGGGGAGUGAUCGCGCCGUCGGACUGCACGGUCGUGGUGAGCACCGCGCACGGGCUCAAGUUCGCGCAGAGCAAGGUGGCGUACCACGCGGAGGAAAUCAAGGAUUUCGUUCCCAAGUUCGCCAACCCUCCGGUGCCGGUCAAGGAGAACAUGGGCGCGGUCGUGGACGCGAUCCGGGGGAAGUUCCACAUCUGA